GCCCUUGGCAAGGUGGAUUAUGGUUUGCUGCCGAACACAAACGACCGGGUAUCUCCCACAAUUGCGCGAUUCCCUGGCGUCUACACGCCUUUUCCUCGCACAUCAACUCGAGGAGGCCCCGGGAGAUCGACAUGCUCAUACCUUACCCUGGAAAUUACCUACUUGCUGUGGUUACAUCCUGUGGGCCCUGGUUCCUUAUCUGUAUGGAUACGUCAGUUGGGUACAGAGUAUAAAUAAGUUUCUGUAUCCCCCCACCCCACUUGUCGAUGCCGGUGAUGCCUACAUAGUGGGAUGGCAUAUACAUUGUCACGCUGCCGACCUAGAUCAUCGAUCGUACCAUAUUUGAAUCCUCUUGUAGUACCAGCUACCCGGCUAAAACAGAGCUCUUGACCUUGCUUUAUUGGGUGGGCAUGGGCAAUAUCGAGCACGACAUCGAGGACAAGGGGGGAGACCCUCAGCUCCAGUCGCAACCUCAGCUGGGUGGCGUGGUGGCCAUCGGCAAGGACGACGAUGCCAUCAUCCCCAAGGGCCAGAUAGACCCGGUCUACGAGGCCAAGGCCCGGGUCUUAAACCAUGCUAUCCAAGAGAUUGGCAUGGGAUGGUAUCAAUGGCAGCUAUUCAUGGUCGUCGGCUUCGGCUGGGCCAGCGACAACCUCUGGCCUAUAGUGACCUCGCUCAUAUUCACCCCCGUCGCGAACGAGUUCGGCCCUUCUAGACCGCCCCUUCUCACCCUCGCCCAGAACAUCGGUUUGCUGGCCGGUGCCAUCUUCUGGGGCUUUGGCUGCGACAUCUUCGGCCGCAAGUGGGCCUUCAACCUGACCCUGGGCCUCACCGCCGUCUGGGGGAUGGUUGCCGCCAGCGCCCCAAACUUCGCAGCCAUCGGCGUCUUUGCCGCCCUGUGGAGCUUCGGCGUCGGCGGAAACCUGCCCGUCGACAGCGCCAUCUUCCUCGAGUUCCUGCCGGCGUCUCACCAGUUCCUGCUCACCAUUCUCUCCGUCGACUGGGCCAUUGCCCAGGUUGUCGCAACCCUGAUCGCCUGGCCGCUCCUGGGGAACCUCACUUGCCAGCAGGACGAGGUCUGCACCAGGAAGGGCAACAUGGGUUGGCGGUACUUCCUGAUCACCGUUGGCGGCCUCACCCUGAUCAUGUUCUUCAUCCGCUUCGCCCUCUUCACCAUCUACGAGUCUCCCAAGUUCCUGAUGGGCAAGGGCCGCGACGAGGACGCCGUGCGCAUCGUCCACGAGGUCGCACGCCGCAACGGCAAGACCAGCGAGCUCACGCUGGCAGACCUCAAGGCGUGCGAGCCCGAGGGCUACGAGGCCCAGACGGACGCGGUCGCCGCCGUGAAGCGCCGCCUCGAGCAGGUCAACCUCGACCGCGUCCGCGUCCUCUUCUCCACCAAGCGUCUCGCCCUGUCGACCGGGCUGAUCAUGGUUGUCUGGGCCUUCAUCGGCCUGGGGUACCCGCUGUACAACGCCUUCUUGCCCUACAUCCAGGCCACCCGCGGCGCCCACUUCCACGACGGCUCCACCUACCUGACGUACCGCAACUCGCUCAUCAUCGCCGUCCUCGGCAUCCCCGGCGCCCUGAUCGGCGGUUGGCUGGUCGAGGUGCCGCGGUUCGGGAGGAAGGGCACCCUGUCGGUGUCGACGGUGCUGACGGGCGUCGUCUUGUACGGCUCCACCACCGCGCUCAGCUCCGAGUCGCUCCUGGGCUGGAACUGCGCCUUCAGCCUCACCAGUAACGUCAUGUACGCCGUCCUGUAUAGCUUCACGCCGGAGCUGUUCCCGACACCGCAGAGGGGCACUGGGAAUGCCCUGUCCGCGACCUGUAACCGCGUGUUUGGCAUCAUGGCUCCUAUCAUCGCCAUGUUUGCGAACCUCCAGACGUCUGCGCCCGUGUAUACUAGCGGCGCGCUCUUCAUAGCGGCUGGCCUCCUUGUCCUUGCAUUACCGUUCGAGUCCCGCGGAAAGGCGGCAAUGUAAAGGGGUGUUUUUGGGUUGAUUUAUUGUAAUAAUUGCGAACUUGAUGAAGUGGAAAGUUUUCUACAGUCUCGAACCUUAAAUGCUCGGAUGUCUACAGGCCGACGCCUUAUAUGGAGAAACAAGUUUGGAUACCUUUGCCGUCU